GUUAUAAACCCGUUCAAAUGACUGAAGAUGACUUCCCUCUGUUCUGUGUUCAGGAGAGCUCAGCAGCUCUACAGACAGUCAGACAUACAGACAGAAGCUGAAAGGACUGUUAGCAGAACAACCGUCAGUGAUGUCUCAGUGUCCGUCCACAGCCGCAGAUCCAGAUCUCUGUCUGUGGGAGAGGAGAGGAGGAGCUGUCUAACGCCGCUCAGCUCUCCACCACACGGACCUUAUAGCAGCUGAGAAGUUUACGGCGCUUUUUUCUGCAACAUCUGGCUCUGUACUGGAAGCUGGAGGAGCCGCAGCAGCACUUUUUGUCCGAUAAAUUCCAAGUUCAAAGCGGCAAGGUUUCUAUGGUGAAUAGCAGGGUGGAGGCGCCCACCGUGGCGGUGAUGGGCGGCGGCGGCGGCGGGGGGGCAGCGGGGAGGUUGUGUGCCGGAUGUGGAGGUCGGAUCGCGGAUCGAUUCCUGCUCUUCUCCAUGGAGCGCUACUGGCACACACGCUGCCUCAAGUGCUCCUGCUGCCACGCUCAGCUGGGAGAGUACAGCAGCACCUGCUACAGCAAGGGAGGCAUGAUCCUCUGCAAGAACGACUACAUCAGAUUGUUUGGACACAGUGGAGCCUGCAGUGCCUGUGGACAGUCUAUACCUGCCAGUGAGAUGGUGAUGCGAGCACAAGGCAACGUUUACCACCUAAAGUGUUUCACCUGUGCAACCUGUAGGAACCGUCUGGUCCCUGGAGACCGCUUUCACUACAUCAACGGGACUAUCUUCUGUGAACACGACCGGCCAGGAGGAGGGCUGCUCAGCGGACAUCCCACUCCGAUGCAGGCCAACAGCAUGAUGUCAGACCAGAAGGUCUGCUGAGGAAGAGGAUUGAAAACCAAAUGUGUGCCUUCUCCCCACCUUUCUCCAGUGUCUCUCCUCCUCUACCCGACCCUCCUCCGGUCUGAUGGACUGUCCCUCCUCAGUCUGGAUCGUCAUCACUGCUACUUGUUUAGAUUUUAUCCUCUCUACAGAAACUGGCCUCUCUGAGUAGACUGUGAGGAGAGAAAUCUGGACAAGUGCAACACUGUUGGAGGGAUGAGGAUGCUGAGGAUGGCUGGAAUCUAUUUAUACAGUAGACUGUUGUCUGUUGUGAACUGUGGCAAUAUUACUGAUGAGAACUAUCCCAUUCGUGAUUCCAGAAGAAUCAUCCAUAUGA